GCUGAAUGGUAGUCUUGUCACACAUCAGUGGACUGAUAGAGUGUUCUUGUUACUAACAAAAAGAGUAAAAGACAAACAAACAAGAGGAUUUGCAUUUUAUUUUUAAAUUUCUAUGAGCUUUUAUACAGCCGUUGGUCCGAUGAGUUUUUGGGUUGAUAAUUUUAUUCAUAUUUUUAAAGGAUUAUAUGCAUAAUAUUCUCUUCUAUUUUACAUUUUUUUUUCAAAUAUGUCCCUUUACUUUAAAUUACAUUAAUUCAACUUUAUUAUUGUUAAACAUUGUUCAAAUCUACCCCCAUGUUAUCAGUCAAUAUAAUAUAUUGGAAAUGAGAGACUAAAAGACAAAUCUGCUCCCCUUAGUUCCGUUUCAUCGUCCCCAACUUCCCCCUCAUUUACCAUCUCCGAUUACCCCCAAAAGGAGCAAGCUCGACAUCAAUCCCCCCUACCCUACAUUUCCCCCAAUCCCUCCAGCAAUUUUGUUUUUUCUCGGCGGUUGAUUGAUGCGGAGACCUCCAACUCCUCCGCAUCUUGACCGCUCUCGGGACCCCAGCCCCUUCCUCUGUGUACCUCUGAUGCGGCAUAGCCACGCCGAUGUCGAUCCUUUGAGCCUCUCUCUAUCUUUCUGAUUUGCGACCAUUCCCUAAUUCGGGGCCUCCCCUGCACCCGAACCUGUUAUUCGACCUCUUAUCGUAAGACUACACACCUUGGUAAAUAAUCGACCCCUCCUUCUGUGUCUUUUGUCAAUUCACAAAGCCUAAUUCCUCAAUCAUAUUGUCUUAGGGAUUGGGGUUGCUGGAAGGUCUACUGUUGAGAAGAUGGACUUCGAGAUCAACGAUGACGGUGAGGUGGUGGCGUCAGCACGAGAAACACAGGGGCGGGGAAAAUGGGAUCGACGAAGGGGGAGGUAUGUGUUGAAGAAGUCGUUCGAUUUGAUGGCGAUCGGCAUUGGAUCAGUGGAUGGGAGCGCUUUUUUGGCGAUGAAAGAGGGGAUAAACUUGUCUUUUAGUCUCUCAUAUCCAUGACAUUUUACUAACCAAUUUCGGGUGGACCGGAUUUGAAGAUUCUAAGACCAACAUACUAACGGAGGGGGAGGUUUGAGCAAAGUUUAAUAGUAUGGGGUAGAUUUGAUGUAAUUUAGAGUAGAGAGGCAUAUUUGAGAAAAAUGUAAAGUAGAGGGACAUAUUUUACAUAUAACCCAUUUUUAAAUGAUUUGAAAAUUAUAAAUAGGGUUAAUAGCCUUUUGUACCCUUUUACUAAGGCACAUUAUCCAUCCACAAGUCGAUCCAAUUAUAAAUAGGGUUAAUAGCA